AUGAACGAUUCUUUAGAAAUUUUGGAAACUACCAAAGGAAAAGCUUUAGCAGUACACAAUGAUUACCAAUAUAGGAAGUAUCGAACCAAUAACGAAAAUGUAACAACCUGGGUAUGUUUGAAUGAAAAAAAGAGAGAAAAAUGGACAGGAAGAUUAAAAACAAUAGGUAAAUCAAUUUUAAAUAUUACUAUUCAUCAAUGUAAAUAUGACUCAGCAAAAAUUGAAGUAAAAAAAAAAUAUAAUAUUGCAAAAAAACGAGUACGUGAUUUAUCAAAUUCUGCCGCUCAAAUUUUUCGUGAAGAGCUUACACCGUUAAUAUAUCAGGGAUUAGAUUUAGUGACUGAAAUUCCAAUUGACUCGUCUGUAAAAAUGACAUUAAAUCGUGUACGUAGGAAAUCGCUUGGAAAUUCAUUGGAUCCUAAAUUAAGGGUAGAUAUUAUUAUACCUAGUGUUUCUGAAUUUGUAUUAUUUGAUGACGGAAAAACUUGUUUUGUGGAUGGCACUUUUAAAAGCUCUAGCAAACAAUUUUAUCAAGUUUAUACUGUUUAUAUUGAUAUUGGGUCUAUAAACGACGAAAUAAAUGUAAUUCCUGUAAUAUAUAUUUUACUUCCUAAUAAAACAAAAAUUGUUUAUGAGCGUUUAUUUUCGAUGAUAAAAGCACACAUUCCAAACUUUAAUCCUGAAUCAUUUACAUUAGAUUUUGAAAUUUCGACUAUUCAAUCAAUAAAACAAAUAUUCCCUAAUGCUGAAAUAUAUGGUUGCAACUUUCAUUUUAAUCAAUCGCUUUGGAGAAAAGUUCAAAAUAUAGGUUUAGCGAGUAAUUAUAAAGAUGAUGCAGAUACUAGAUUACACGUUAGAAUGUGUUCUGCCUUAGCUCAUAUUCCAAUUGAUGACAUCGACGGAGGUUGGAUUAUUAUUAUGAUCAAUACAUCUGAUAAUGAUAAGCUUCAAAUAUUUUAUGAUUAUUUAAUUGAACAGUGGCUGAAAAACCCAAUUAUUUCAAGAAGUGUAUGGAAUUGUUAUCAAAGAAGACAUUGA